AUGAAGUGGAAUCCGUUGGAAGCAUUUAGGCAUUUCAUUUGCUUCAUGGAUUCGAAUAAGGCAUGGAAACAUUCAUCAACAUUGGGCUUGGUAGCAAUAGUAGCGUUGCCAGCAUUGUGCAACCAUGAUGACAGCUCAAACUUGCUCCAAUUCAAGAACUCUUUUGCCAUCAAAACUUCAUUUUGGAUGACGCCUUAUUGUUCGUCUUAUUCCAAGACAGCAUCAUGGAAAAAUGGCACUGACUGUUGCCAGUGGGACGGUGUCACGUGCGACACCGUGUCAGGGCACGUGAUUGGUCUCGACCUCAGUUGCAGCAUGCUUCACGGUAAGUUUCGUCCCAACAGCACACUUUUCCAUCUCAUUCAUCUUCAACAACUCAACCUGGCUUACAAUGAAUUCCCUGCCUCUCUACUGUCAUCUGAAAUCGGCGAUCUUGUGAGUCUCACUCAUCUGAAUCUAUCUUACUCAGGAUUGAGUGGUGAUAUUCCAUCCACAAUCUCUCAAUUGUCUAAAUUAGUUUCACUUGAUCUUGGGGGAUAUACAGAAUUUAGACUUGAUCCAUCGACAUGGAACAAGCUCAUUGUUAACACUACUAAUCUGAAAGAGCUAGUUCUAGAUGAGAUAGACAUGUCAGCAAUCAGGGAAGGUUCAUUGUCGUUGUUGAUGAAUUUGUCAGCAUCUUUAGUCUCCCUGAAUCUUCAAGAAACUGGAUUGCAUGGACAAUUUCCGAUUUCCAUUCUUUGCUUACCAAAUCUUCAAGAGCUAAGGUUGUCAGGAAAUUCAAAGCUCGGAGGUAAUCUUCCCAAGUCCAACUCCAGUGCUCCUCUGAGGGUUUUGGAUCUCUUCUACACAGCUUUCUCAGGAGAAAUACCAGACUCCAUAGGCCAGUUGAAGUCUCUUAACCAAUUAUGGCUUACUGAUUGCGAUUUUGGAGGAUCGGUUCCUCCCUCUUUGUGGAACCUCACUCAACUAACAACUUUGGCCUCCGCAAAAAAUAGACUUCAUGGUGAGAUCCCAUCUUUGUUUUCAAACCUCAAACAUCUCACCUUGUUAGAUCUUAGUUAUAAUACAUUCAGUGGUCACAUCCCAGAUGUGUUCGCCAACUUCACUAAAUUAGAUUUCUUAGCACUUUCUUAUAACAAUCUAGGAGGCCGGCUGCCACUAUCAUUGUUUCAACUAACCCAACUUUUUCAUUUAGAUUUGUCAGCUAAUCAUUUAGAAGGCCCAAUUCCAAAUCAAACUACCAAACUCUCAAAACUAGUAGCACUACAUUUGGAUAAUAAUUUGUUAAAUGGAACAAUCCCUCAUUGGUGUUACUCGUUGCCUCUCUUGAAAGAGUUCAGUCUUGGUAACAACAAACUGGUAGGACCAAUUAAUGAAUUUUCAACUCAUUCCAUCACACAUUUGCUUUUUUCUAAUAACAAACUCCAAAGUGGUUUUCCAAAUUCAAUAUUUCAAUAUGAAAAUCUUUUGCAGCUAGAUUUGUCAUCAAAUGAUUUGAUUGGUUUUGUAGACUUCCACCAAUUUUCAAAGUUAAAAUCUUUAGUUGUGUUUGAUAUAUCUCACAAUAAUUUUCUCUCUAUUAAUUUUGAUGAUAGUAGUGUUGACUAUUUCUUACCUAACCUAGCUUAUUUAUAUUUAUCUUCUUGUAAGAUUACAAAAUUUCCUAGAUUCUUAGAAAGAAUUCAAUAUCUAAAAGCACUAGACCUUUCUAAUAACCAAAUUGAAGGAGUGAUUCCCAAAUGGUUUAAUGAGAUGUUAUACAAAUGGAACAUAAACUUCAUUGAUCUUAGUUUCAACAAGUUGCAAGGAGAUCUUCCAAAUCCACCAGAUGGCAUCUAUUACUUUUCAGCUUCAAACAACAACUUCACUGGAGGAAUUUCUCCAACAAUUUGCAAUGGAAGGUCCCUGAAUAUGCUAAUCCUGUCCCACAACAAUUUGAGUGGCGAUAUUCCCCAAUGUUUGGGAACCUUUCCUUCACUCCAGGUUUUGGAUUUGCAAAUCAACCAUUUUUAUGGAAGCAUACCUGCAUACUUCUCCAAGACUAAUGCUUUUGAGACGAUAAAGUUGAAUGGCAACCAAUUGGAGGGACCAGUACCGCAAUCUUUGGCUCAUUGCACAAAACUGGAAGUUCUAGACCUUGGUGACAAUAAAAUAGAAGAUGUCUUUCCCAAUUGGUUAGAAACUCUUGAAGAAUUACAAGUACUUAGUUUACCAAAUAACAAAUUUCAUGGUACCAUCACUAGUUUGAGUAUGAGGCAUCCAUUUCCCAAGUUGAGAAUUCUUGAUGUGUCUAAUAACAAUUUCAAUGGCCCCUUGCCAAUGCAAUACUUCAAAGAGUUUCAAGGAAUGAUGACUGUGGAUGAUAGUAGCCAAGAGUAUAUGAUUACGAAUAAGGGUAGAACCCACGGUUCAUAUAAUGAUUCUGUGGUGGUCAUUAUGAAAGGUCAAGCGAGACAAUUGGCAAGGAUAUUAACUACUUUCACAACCAUAGACAUGUCAAAUAACUUCUUUGAGGGGGAAAUUCCACAUGUCAUUGGAGGUUUAUACUCUCUCAAAGGGCUUAACCUCUCACACAAUGCAAUCACCGGAACUAUUCCACAAUCAAUGGGAAAAUUGACUAAUUUAUAAUGGUUGGACCUUUCAUGGAACCAACUGAGGGGUGAGAUUCCCAUGACUCUGACAAAUUUGAAUUUCCUCUCUGUUCUAAACCUUUCACAAAACCAGUUGGAAGGAAUCAUACCAACAGGAAAACAGUUCAACACAUUCCAAAAUGAUUCCUACGGAGGAAAUCCAAUGCUAUGUGGACUCCCUUUGUCAAAAUGGUGCGGCAAUGAUGAAGAGGUGCCAUCUUCAAUAUUUCAAGAGGAAUUGGAAUCAGGAUUUGGAUGGAAACCUGUAGCAAUGGGAUAUGCGUGUGGUAUGUUGUUUGGAAUGGUGUUAGGUACUUGUUUUUUCUCGAGUGGAAGGCCCCAAUGGCUUGCAAGGCUUGUUGGAAUUAAGAAUGCAAGAGUGAAGAGACCAAACACCAGAGCCCAGGGGAAUCGUAGAAGAAGAAUGAAUUAUGUUUUACGAUCUGAACUUUCUGAAAUGGGGUGGUUCGCAUUGCCCUUUUUUGUGCUGACACUCUCGUUACUCAUCAUUCAUACUCUGUCUUACACAUCCUCGUCAUCAGUGUUGCCAUUGUGUAACCAUGAUGAUAGCUCAAACUUGUUCCAAUUCAAGAACUCAUUUGCCGUCAACACUUCAUUACAAACACUUGUGGUGGCGGAGUCAGGUGGGGCUUUAUUUUCAUCUUAUCCCAAGACAGCAUCCUGGAACAACAAUACUGAUUGUUGCCAGUGGGAUGGUGUCACGUGCAACACCACGUCAGGGCACGUGAUUGGCCUUGACCUCAGUUGCAGCAUGCUUCAAGGUGAACUCAAUUCCAACAGCACACUCUUCCAUCUCACUCAUCUUCAACAACUCAACCUCGCUUACAAUGAUCUCUCUGCCUCUCCACUUUCAUCUAGAAUCGGUGACCUUGCGGCUCUCACUCAUCUCAAUCUGUCAAACUCAGCAUUGGGUGGUGAUAUUCCCUUCAAAAUUUCUCACUUGUCUAAAUUACUCUCACUUGAUCUCUCCCGUACAGAUAUGCUAGAUGAGUUAGGAUAUAGCAAAUUGAGAUUUGAUCCAUCCACAUGGAACAAACUCAUUCUAAACACCACUAACUUGAAAGAGCUAAUUCUAGAUGAGGUAAACAUGUCUUCCAUCAGAGAAAGUUCACUGUCUUUGUUAAUGAAUUUGUCAUCUUCUUUGGUUUCAUUGAGUCUUCGAGACACUAAGUUGCAGGGGAAUUUUCCAAUCGGCAUACUUGGUUUACCUAAUCUUCAAGAACUAACUUUGUCAUAUAAUCAAGACCUCAAAGUUGAACUUCCAAAGUCUAACUGGAGCACUCCUCUAAGGAUCUUGUAUCUCACUGACACAGUAUUCUCAGGAGAAAUACCUGAUUCCAUUGGCCAUUUGAAGUCUCUUAACCAACUAUCUCUGGGGAGUUGCCAAUUUGAUGGAUUGGUACCUCUUUCUUUGUGGAACCUCACUCAACUAACUGAGUUAGGCCUUGCAGAAAACACACUUCAUGGUGAAAUCCCAUCUUUGCUUUCAAACCUCAAACAUCUCACCUUCUUAGAUCUUAGUGCUAAUAGUUUCAAAGGUCAUAUCCCAGAUGUGUUCCACAACCUCACCAAAUUAGAAUCUUUGUCACUUGAUUCUAACAGUCUAGGAGGUCAGCUACCGCCAUCAUUGUUUUAUCUAACCCAACUUUCUGAAUUAAGUUUAUCAGCUAAUAAUUUAGAAGGCCCAAUUCCAAGCAAUAUCAUUGAACUCUCAAUAUUAAAAUUUCUUUAUUUGGACCAUAAUUUAUUAAAUGGGACAAUCCCAGAUUGGUGUUUUUCUUUGUCUUCAUUGACAUAUAUGGAUCUUAGUAGCAACAAGUUCGAAGGACCAAUCGGUAAAUUCUCGACUUAUUCUAUGGAAACGUUGUCUCUCUCUGACAACAAACUCCAAGGUAGUUUUCCAAAUUCACUAUUUGAACUUCAAAAUCUAACAUAUUUAUAUUUAUCAUCAACUGAGUUGAGCGGUCAUGUAGACUUUCACCAAUUUUCAAAGCUCAAAUCUUUAGAAUUCCUUGAUCUAUCUCACAGUACUUUUCUCUCUUUUCACCUUGACAACAAUGUUGACUAUUUUUUACCUAACCUUACUACAUUACGAUUAUCUCAAUGUAAGAUUACAAAAUUUCCUAGAUUCCUAGUAAGCAUUCAAGAUCUACAAGAACUAGACCUUUCUGAUAACCAAAUUGAAGGGGUGAUUCCCAAAUGGUUUAAUGACAAGCUCUUGUACAAAUGGAAGAGAGUGGACUUUAUUGACCUCAGUUUCAACAAGCUGCAGGGAGAUCUUCCAAUUCCACCAAAUGGCACCUAUUACUUUUCAGUUUCAAACAACAACUUCACAGGAGGCAUUUCUUCCGCAAUAUGCAAUGCAAGCUCCCUCAAUAUGCUAAUCCUGUCUCACAACAAUUUGACUGGCAAGGUUCCACAAUGUUUGGGAUCCUUUCCUUCACUCCUGGUUUUGGAUUUGCAAAUCAACAACUUUUAUGGAAGCAUACCUGGAAACUUCUCCAAGAAGAAUGCUUUUGAGACUAUAAAGUUGAAUGGCAACCAAUUAGAGGGACCAAUACCACAAUCGUUGGCUCAUUGCACAAAACUGGAAGUUCUAGACCUGAGUGACAAUAACAUAGAAGAUGUAUUUCCCAGGAGGCUAGAAGCUCUUCAGCAAUUACAGGUACUGAGUUUACGAAAUAACAAAUUUCAUGGUACCAUCAUUAGUUUGAGUAGGAAGCACCCAUUUCCAAAGUUGAGAAUUUUUGAUGUGUCUAAUAACAAGUUUAGUGGCCCUUUGCCAAUGCAAUACUUUCAAGAGUUUCAAGGAAUGAUGGCUCGGAAUGAUAAUACUCAAACUGAUGGUUUGGAGUAUAUGGGUACCAAUGCUAGUACGACCAGUGUAACAUAUAAUGACUCUGUUGGGAUCAUUAUGAAAGGUCAACUUAUUGAAAUAUCAAGGAUAUUAACUAUUUUCACAACCAUAGACUUGUCAAAUAACUUGUUUGAAGGAAAAAUCCCACAAAUUCUUGGAGAAUUGAAUUCUCUCAAAGGGCUUAAUCUUUCACACAACAAAAUUAGUGGUAUCAUACCACAAACUUUGGGAAAUUUGACAAGUUUGGAAUGGUUAGAUCUCUCAUGGAACCAAUUGAAAGGUGAGAUUCCUAUGACUUUGACAAAUUUGAAUUUUCUAUCUGUCUUCAACCUUUCUAAAAAUCAAUUGGAGGGAAUGAUACCAACAGGAGAACAAUUCAAUACAUUCCAAAAUGAUUCCUACAAAGAUAACCCAAUGCUAUGUGGAUUCGCUUUGUCAAAGUCAUGCAGCAAUGAUGAAGAACAACCACCUUCAGUGUUUCCUAGGGCAAAAGAACCAUUAUUUGGGUGGAAAUCAGUUGCAGUGGGAUAUGGAUGCGGAGUGGUAUUUGGGAUGUUCCUUGGAAUGUUGUUUAUCAAAACUGCGAAACCACUGUGGCUUGCCAGACUUCUUUGUGGAUAUAAUUAACAAAACAAGCGCAGGAGAGGCCAUGCAGAUUGUAAGAGACUGUGUUAGCUUCAUGUGUUUUCCUUUUUUUUUUUAAUUAUUUUUCUGUAAUGAUGUGAGUUACUCUGUU